UGUGACUUUGAAAACAAUGAAUGGAAUUCCUCGCCGACAUCACUGAGUGCAUUACACCGGCCAGGCCCAUCCCGUCUCCUCCUCCGUUCACCACACCACGAGCCCCUCUCCGCCUGCUACUCAUCAACCGUGACGUCAGGGCGGCGCGGGGGAGCUGUCCUCGCGCGGAGGGUGCUGCUGCUGAAACAAGAUGGCUGUGCGCGCAGGAGGAGCAGCGGAGGAAAGCUGAGGCAAUGCAGAGGAGGAAUGAAGAGGGGGGGCGAGGAAUUCACUCCUGUGUGUCUUGUCCUGCCAAACGAGCAACAGCUCCGCUGAGAAAGAGACGAGCGCUUCUGACAAGAUGCUAAUUGGUUUCCGUUGCCAUUUAGGGUAACAGUUUGAGUUUUUUUUUUUUUUUGUAACCAAGAGACAAACGGACUGACCAAACAAAUCACGGAGCACUCAGUAGAGGACAGCCGGGGACCCUCACACCGCUAUCAGAGAUGUCCCUGCUAUGUGUGGGAGUGAAGAAAGCCAAGCUGGAUGGACCCCAAGAGAAGUUCAACACUUAUGUGACUCUAAAAGUACAAAAUGUGAAGAGCACAACCAUUGCUGUCAGGGGCAACUUGCCCAGCUGGGAGCAAGACUUCAUGUUCGAAAUUAACCGCUUGGACCUGGGUCUGACAGUAGAGGUGUGGAACAAAGGGUUAAUCUGGGACACCAUGGUCGGCACUGUGUGGAUUCCCCUCCAGGGCAUCCGGCAGUCAAAUGAGGAAGGUCCGGGUCAGUGGCUCACACUUGACUCUCAAGUCAUCAUGACUGAUAAUGAGAUCUGUGGCACCAAAGAGCCCACUCUCCACCUGGUGCUGCUCGACACACGCUUUGAACUGCCUCUUGAUAUCCCUGAGGAUGAGGCACGAUACUGGGCUAAAAAACUGGAGCAGCUCAAUGCCAUGAGGGACCAAGAUGAGGAGCAGGAACGUCCUCUACGUGUACCAGGAACCCAGUGCUGUAACUGGAGUCUAUGGGGAGACCAACAAAAUGAAGACCCAGACAGCGCUGUGGACGACAGGGACAGCGACUAUCGCAGUGAAACCAGUAACAGCAUCCCCCCUCCCUACUACAGUACAUCCCAGCCCAACGCCUCUGUCCACCAGUAUCCCAUCAGCCACCAACACCGCAGUUCCAGAAGCUUCUCCUACCCGUGCUCUGGCAACAGCCACGACCUCGACUACCAACAUCAGAGGACUGUCAGUCCCUCUGGGAGCUAUGCAUCAUCUGCAGAGCUGAGUCGGUGCAGCAGUCAGCUGAGCGAGGAGGACUAUGGCGUUGAGUAUGGGGAGAGGGACCCUUAUGACGAGAACGACUCUUACCACUCCUGCCACUCCUCGGUUAGCUACAGUAAAGGCUCUCCAGACUGGGACCCUGAUGAAACCCAGGGGGCGUACAGUGAUGAGGGCGGCUACUGCAAAGAUGGAGGAGAGGAGGCGGCUCUGUAUGAGGAGGAUGACGGAGGACUGUAUGAGGGAGAAGAGGAGGGCCUCUAUGAGGAUGAUGAGAUGAUGUAUGAUGAUGAGGAUUUGUACAACUUGGACGGGACCCUCAGUGAGGACCUGGAGCCUCCAUUUACCCCCACCCCAACGUCAACAGCCCCCACAACUCUGGAUGUACCCAGCUCCAGACCUCCUCUGGAGAAACAGCCGUCCUUACACCAACAGCAGCCCCCUACUCAACCCCCCAACCAAACAUCCAACCAGUCUCAUCCCCCUGGCAUGGCCCCAUCAGGACAGCCCCCCUCUGGUCAACCAACAGCCCAACCACUUAAACAGCCCCAGCCUCAAACACAGCCUCAGCCGCAGCCAGCCCCAUCUGCCACUUCCUUCUUCUCAAUGGCCAAACCUCUAACAGCUGCAGUCACAGGCUUGGCAUCUACUUUCCUGUCUUCUGUUCCCACCGCACAGCCUGCCCAGUCUCACCCUCCAGCCUCAACAGUAUCUCAACAACACCAGUCUGCUGUAGCCAGCGUUGUCCCUCCAUCCCAUCCAGCCACCAUGGCUAACUCAGCCUCUCAGCCACCCCCUACUGCCAUGGGCCCUUCCUCCCAACAGACCCCGUCCUCUGGGCAGCCUCAAUCCCAUCUCAAUGGUCCUGCCACCACACAGUCAGCUGCCCCUGAGGACCAGGAUCUCCAGCUGGAGGAAGAGCCAUGGCUAGAGGAGGAAAUUAUGUUGGAAAAGGAGGCCAGGACGCCCCCUGCUCAGCCAGAGGACACGCUCCCCAUGGAGGAGACAGAGGAGCAUUUUGAAGAGAGCAGGCCGGCGACGCCAGUAGAGGAAGAAGAGAUGCUACCUGAGAGUCCUCCAGUCAUAGAGGAGCCCAAAGAGCCAGUGGAUCCAGCAGUCAGAGCCAAAGAGAACUGGCUAAGGCUCUACAACAAAGUCUUAGAACAGCUUCGGGAGGCUCGAGGAGAGACCUCAAACUCGCUGUGGUUUGGUAAAGGAGGAAUGGGAGGUGCACUCUACAGUAUUGACAGCAUGCCGGACCUUCGCAAGAGGAAAGCCAUUCCUCUUGUCAGAGAUCUGGCAUCAGGCAUCAUGUCUCUCGUGCAGAACUCUCGUAAGGCUGGAAUCACGUCCGCCAUGGCUUCCACCACUCUCGGCAAUGAAGAGCUGAAAAGCCAUGUUUAUAAAAAGACCCUGCAGGCUCUGAUCUACCCCAUCUCCUCCACUACGCCACAUAACUUUGAGGUGUGGACAGCCACCACCCCCACCUACUGCUACGAAUGCGAGGGGCUGCUUUGGGGUAUCGCACGACAAGGCAUGCGCUGCUCUGAGUGUGGUGUCAAAUGCCACGAUAAGUGCCAGGAUCUGCUCAAUGCUGACUGUCUGCAGAGAGCUGCAGAGAAGAGCUCCAAGCACGGGGCGGAGGACCGUACCCAGAACAUCAUCAUGGUACUGAAGGACCGCAUGAAGAUCAGAGAGAGGAACAAACCAGAAAUCUUUGAGCUAAUCCUGGAAGUGUUCGCUCUCGACAAAACAACACACGGCGCGCAAAUGAAACAAAUCAAGCAGAGCGUGCUUGAUGGGACAUCCAAAUGGUCAGCGAAGAUCAACAUCAUUGUGGUAUGUGCUCAGGGCCUGCAGGCUAAAGACAAAACAGGCUCCAGUGACCCUUAUGUAACUGUUCAAGUUGGGAAGACCAAGAAGAGAACCAAGACCAUCUAUGGAAACCUCAACCCUGUCUGGGAAGAAAACUUCCACUUUGAAUGCCACAACUCAUCUGACCGCAUUAAGGUCCGCGUGUGGGACGAGGAUGACGACAUCAAGUCGCGUGUGAAGCAGAGGUUCAAACGUGAGAGUGAUGACUUCCUGGGGCAAACCAUCAUCGAAGUCAGGACUCUGAGCGGGGAGAUGGAUGUUUGGUACAACCUGGACAAGAGAACUGAUAAGUCUGCUGUGUCAGGAGCCAUCCGGAUGCACAUAAGUGUUGAGAUCAAAGGAGAGGAGACGGUUGCUCCUUACCAUGUCCAGUACACCUGUCUACACGAGCAUCUGUUUCAGUACACCACUGAGGAGCAGAACGGUGGUGUAGUAAAGAUCCCUGAUGCCAAAGGUGACGAUGCCUGGAAGGUCUAUUUUGAGGAGACAGCUCAGGAGAUAGUGGACGAGUUUGCCAUGAGAUACGGAGUAGAGUCCAUCUACCAGGCCAUGACCCACUUCGCUUGCUUGUCAUCCAAGUACAUGUGCCCAGGAGUGCCAGCUGUGAUGAGCACCCUGCUUGCCAACAUCAACUCUUACUACGCCCACACCACCCAGUCCUCCAAUAAUGUUUCUGCCUCGGACCGAUUUGCUGCAUCAAACUUUGGCAAGGAGAGGUUUGUUAAACUGCUGGAUCAGCUACACAACUCCCUGAGGAUUGACCUGUCCAUGUACCGGAAUAACUUUCCUGCCAGCAGUCCUGAAAGACUACAAGACCUCAAGUCUACAGUUGAUCUCUUGACGAGCAUCACAUUCUUCAGGAUGAAGGUCCAGGAGUUGCAGAGUCCCCCCAGAGCAAGCCAGGUGGUGAAGGACUGCGUGAAAGCCUGUCUCAACUCAACCUACGAAUACAUUUUCAACAACUGCCACGAUCUCUACAACAGGGAAUAUCAGACAGACCCUUCGAAGGCAGUCCCUCCAGAUGAACAGGGUCCCAGUAUCAAAAACCUGGACUUCUGGUCCAAACUCAUCACUCUCAUCGUCUCCAUCAUAGAGGAGGACAAAAACUCCUACACUCCUUGCCUUAAUCAGUUUCCCCAGGAACUGAAUGUGGGCAAGAUCAGCGCCGAGGUCAUGUGGAAUAUGUUUGCACAAGAUAUGAAAUACGCCAUGGAGGAGCAUGAAAAGAACCGCCUGUGUAAAAGUGCAGAUUAUAUGAAUUUGCACUUCAAGGUGAAGUGGCUCUACAACGAGUACUGCAAGGAGCUGACCACUUUUCAGAAGCACGUACCUGAAUAUCCAGCCUGGUUUGAACCAUUUGUCAUCAUGUGGUUGGACGAGAAUGAAGAAGUGUCCAGAGAUUUUCUGCAUGGAGCCCUGGAGAGGGACAAAAAAGACGGGUUCCAGGUCACAUCAGAGCACGCUUUGUUCUCCUGCUCAGUGGUGGACGUGUUCUCUCAGCUCAAUCAGAGCUUUGAAAUCAUCCGCAAACUGGAGUGUCCCGACCCUCAGAUCGUUGGCAACUACAUGAAAAGAUUCGCCAAGACCAUUGGCAAUGUCCUGCUGUCUUACGCUGACAUCAUUGCAAAGGACUUUCCAAAUCAUGUCAAGAAGGAGAAAGUGCCAUGUAUCAUCAUCAAUAACAUCCAGCAGCUCAGAGUUCAGUUGGAGAAGAUGUUUGAGGCCAUGGGAGGCAAAAAUCUCAAUCUGGAGGCUAGUGACUUCCUCAAGGAGCUGCAGAACAAACUCAACAGUGUUAUGGACGACCUCAGCCGCAUCUUUGCUGUCAGUUUCCAGCCCCAGAUCGAGGACAACGUGAGGCAAAUGGGAGACAUCCUAGCCCAGGUUAAAGGUCAGACCGUUCCAGCCAAUGGCAGCGUGGUUCAGGAGGCUGACAAUGUCCUGCAGCCCAUCAUGGACUUCCUGGACAGCAACCUGUCGCUGUUUGCUAAGAUCUGUGAGAAGACCGUGCUGAAGAGAGUGUUGAAGGAGCUGUGGAAACUAGUUAUGAACACAAUGGAAAAAACUAUUGUGCUUCCAACGCUCACUGACCAGACGGUUAUUGGCACUCAGAUGAUCUUCAACGCUGCUAAGGAGUUGGGCCAGCUUUCCAAGCUCAAGGAGCACAUGGGGCGAGAGGAGGCCAAAGCUCUGAGUCCUAAACAGUGUGCAGUAAUAGAGCUGGCACUGGACACUAUUAAGCAAUACUUCCAUGCCGGUGGUGUGGGCCUGAAGAAGACGUUCUUGGAAAAGAGUCCCGACCUGCAGUCUCUGCGCUAUGCCUUGUCUCUGUACACCCAGGCCACAGACAAGCUAAUCAGGAAGUUUGUCCUCUCACAGAGCGCUCAGGUCCACGGAGGGAAAGGCCUCAGGUGCACGGCAAACGAAGACACACCGCCAGAGAAAGCAUCUGGAGUGGAUGCAGUCGGCGAGGUGGUCAUGUGCGUGGACAUUUUACCCCAACCUAAUGGAGAGCAUAAGAUCAGUGUCAAAGUGGUGGCUGCUAAUGACCUGAAAUGGAAAGCGCAGGGCUUCAGGCCCUUCGUGGAGGUCUACAUCAUCGGCCCUCACCUCAGCGACAAGAAGAGGAAAUUUGCCACCAAGUCAAAGAACAACACCUGGUCACCCAAGUUCAAUGAGAGCUUCCAGUACUCCUUGGGCACUGAGGUGGGUCCAGAGAGCUACGAGCUGCAGGUGUGUGUGAAGGACUACUGCUUUGCCAGAGAGGACCGCACGGUGGGCAUAGCCGUGGUGCAGGUGAAGGACAUUGCCAGCAAGGGCAGCGUCACCUGCUGGAUGCCGCUGGGCAGACGUGUCCACAUGGACGAGACGGGCCUGACGGUGCUGCGCAUCCUGUCUCAGCGCAACAACGACGACGUGGCGAAAGAGUUUGUCAAGCUCAAGUCGGACCAGCGCUCGGCUGAGGAGGGCCGCAGCUGAGGCAGGCGGAGAGAGCGAGGACACACACACACGUGUGCACAAAACCACCAGAGACCUAAUAUUAUGCGCACAUAUAGUAGUCACGCCUACAUAGACAACCAUGUGCAAUACACAAGCACACACAUGAAAAUGAUCUAUUGUACAUAUAUCUGCAUACAUUAUGCAACAUUUACAUUGCAAUGCUAUCAAUGCAAACAUGGAGGAAUACGUUUAUUAAUAUUCAUAGGCUAUUUAAUUUUGAACAUUUCAGCUGCUUCACUCAAAGCUCUCAGUUUAGGGUUCGCCUCAAAUAAGCAAGCACUUCCUCCUCACUCAAUCUUUCCCAUAACACAUCACACCUUUUAUACGCUGUACAUUUAGAUGUGAUAUAAUGCAGCGCAGAACUAAACCAUGUCCAUAGUUUGAGGACGACCACUUUGCACUUUUGCUUCUCUGUGUCUUCAGAAGAGCAGUCCUUGCCUAGCUGUCCGUCCGUCUGUCUGUCCGCUUGCCUGCCUGACUGUGUGUCGUUCUUCCAGUCCCCCCCCCCAGCUCCUCGUCUCCCCUCCUCGUCGUUUGCUGUGCGUAGUCUUGCCAUGGUGUGAUGUGUUGUGUUGGUUGGAGUUCAGGCACAGAUCUAAGAUCAGCCCCCUUUUUGCCCAAAAGUCCAAAUAGAGAUUUAAAAAAAAACACUGACCUUAGAUCAGUGUCCAGGGGCAACGUCACCGCUAGUCUGUCCUGUAAUGUACUAACUUCCUGCAUGUUGACCCCAGGAACACUGUGAUUCACUUUGCUGUAACCAUAACAACCGUUCCCCCCCUCCCACAUAAAAGAUGGGUGCCUCCAAAA